CUCUUUUAUCAUUUAUUUAAUGUUUCACGUAAUGAGCAAUUAUAAAAUGGCCGAAUCUUCUCUUACAGUUGAGUGAUACAACAUCUUGUAUGAUACAAACUAAAUUUAUACUCUUAUGUUAUGGUGGAUUGGAUUCAUGGAUUGGUUCAAAAGGAUUGGUGAAUUGGAUUCAUGGAUUCAAGUGAAAUCUAGACAUUGAACCAAUAUGUAAAUUAAAAAAAUUGUAGGUACCAAAAUCUCAUAAAAUUUAGUUAAAAACAUAUUUAAUCAAUGAUAUUACAUUAAAAUUAAAUUUGGGGUAUCAAAAUAUAAAAUGUUAUAGUGACUAAUUUGUAAUUUGUUAGGCAAUACCGCAAUAGUAAAACUACUUCAGCUUUAUAUAUAAGAACUGUAGAGGGCAAAAGUCUGUAGGAUGGGACCCAUUCAAUUUUCCCCGUUGAUUUAAUUGGAAAUGUUUUUGGUCAUUCUUUCUCUUAGGGUUCGUUUGAUUUUGGUGAUAGUUAAAUUGAUGCAUAGUUAUGAAUGAAUGCAUAAUAAUAUACAUGUAUAUAAGAAAAUUAAUGUAUUGUAGUUUACAUCGUUUGGUUUCUGCGAUAGUUAUUGUAAUAUUUAAAUAAGAUAUAUUACUUUUUGGAUGAAAUGUCACUUUUAUCCUUUAUUUUUAAUAUAAAAAAGCCAAACAUAUCAAAAGGUAGAGACAUAGUUGGAAGAAGAAAAAACUCCAACAAUCUGAAACAAACAAUCUCAACAAUCUAACAAAAAUUGAGUGAUAGUUUGUGUCACAUCAAGCAAACAAUGCAUGAAUUGUUUGUGCAGAAAAUUCAAAAAAAACGAUGCAUUGUGAACAAUACAUGCAUGGUAACUUCCCAACCAAAUGACCCUUACAUUUCUUUUUGUUUUUGUUAUUAUAAAAUUGGCCUAUUUGUUAAGUCGGGAUAAAAGUAUUUGGAGUGAGGAUUCAUCAGGAGUUGAUUCUGUUAAGUCAGGAUACCACUUAGCGAUGCAAUCACAUAGAGCGAUGUCAAAAUGUCGAGAGAAAGUGCCGAUUCAGAUGCUCUUUUUUGGAGACUGGUAUGGAAUUUUUUGAUACCACCUAAGCUAAAAUUCUUUUUGUAACAACUUCUUUCGUCGUAUGUUGCCGCUAAUAGAGGUCUUGCAAAGGAAUGGGGUUCAAUGCUUGGCUCGAUGUCCGACCUGCUAGGCUGAAUCGAAAACAUUUGAGCAAUUGUUUUUGGAAUGUCCGGUCAUCCUGGCUUUGUGGUAUCACUCGGGUCUUCGGCUGACUACUUUGGGAUUGGAGUGUCGGAUGUUUGGGAUACUUUUCAGGCGAUGGACGGAAUGGGAUUCCUCACCGGAACGUGUUAUGCGAGUGAUCUCUUUGUUUUGGAGGAUUUGGAAGUCAAGAAAUUGGGUGGUGUAUGAGGACAAGCAAGUUUCGAUAGCCCAUUUGUCGUGUCACUAUACUAUGCAGGUCGAGGAGUGGUUAGCUGUACCUGCGAGGGUGGCUGUAACUCCAGCUUAGGUUGGUGCUCGUGCUGCGCAUCGUGCUAAGGAGUUGGGUGAAGGACGACCCGUGGUCUGUACGGUUGAUGGGGGGUUUUGCUCAUGAUUCGUAUGUUGCGGUUGGAUUGGUGAAUGUUCGAUGCAACCGGAAAUGUGGCAAGGGUGUCGGGACAGCAAUAUCCGGGGAUCCAAGAUCCUUUCCUCGCUGAGCUUUUGGCGAUACGGGAUGUGUGUCAUUGGUGUAGCCAAAUGAGUCUUGCAGAGGUGCUGAUUCAGGGGGAUGCUAAGUUGUUGUUGAGAAGAUUCAUGGGUUUGAGAUGUGGGAUCGCCGAGGUGGUGCUAUACUUCAAGAGGUGGAGGAGUUUGCAAGAGCACACCCUGGUUCUGAGUUUUGGUUUGUAGGUAGGGAUAGCAGCAGGGUAAUCCAUUUGGUUGGUAAGAAGGUCCUUUCUUUGUGCCCUAAAAUGUUGUGUGGGUUUGAUUUCUAUGUUUAGCUUCGGUCUUUGAUGUAAACACUGUUAUCUUGUUAAUCUUGCUAAUUCCAUGAGCUUAUGACAAAAAAAAUUGACCUAUUUGUUCGUAUUAGGUUUUGCAUCAUUCUUCAUUUUCUCUCGAUCGAGCUCAAAUAGGAAAAAAAAAUUCAUUCUCAAUUUCGACUAAAAGUAAUUAGUGAUUUACUAGAUCUUAUAACACUUGUACGGUGGGAGAACCGUGUCGUUACACUAGUACUCAUUAAAGUAGAUCCGAAGACACCCAUAAGGUGGGAGAACCAUGCGCUACGGUAGUACUCAUUAAAGAACAAGAGAACCA